UCCACCACCCUUCCUAUUAACUCAGAAGAGCCAGCCCCCUUGUGCAGUCCAGUCAAUCUCAAAUUCAAGAUCACAACAAGCACCUGCAUAUCCAUGGCUGCUCAAACCCCUUCAUCACGACCUUCCAAACCUCGUUGGAAUCAUGACGUCUUCUUGAGUUUUAGAGGUGAAGAUACUCGUAAAAACUUCACUGAUCACCUCUAUACUGCCUUAGUGCAUGCCGGAAUUCACACUUUUCGAGAUGACGACGAGCUUCCUAGAGGAAAACACAUUUCUACACAACUGCUUAAAGCUAUUCAAGGAUCAAGAAUAUCUAUUGUCGUUUUCUCUAAAGACUAUGCUUCUUCUCGUUGGUGCCUUGAUGAGCUUGUGGAGAUCAUUCACUGUAAGAAUACCAUUGGCCAAAUUCUUCUUCCUGUAUUUUAUGACGUGAACCCCUCGGAUGUGCGGAAACAAACCGGAACUUUAGCCAAAGCAUUUGCUAGGCAUGAAAACCGGUUUCAAGCGGAGAUGGAGCGGGUGCACAAGUGGAGAGCAGCUCUUACUGAAGCUGCAAACUAUUCUGGCUGGGAUCUUCAGAAUAUGGCAAAUGGGUAUGAAUCAAGGUUCAUUGAGAAGAUUGUUGAAGAAAUUGUGUGUAAAGUGAGCCAAGCUUUCUUGCAUGUUGCCACACACCCUGUAGGAAUACAUUCUCGUGUUGAAAAGAUGAAAACCUUAUUAAAUCUUGGAACUAGUGAAGUUUGCAUUGUGGGCAUGUAUGGGAUGGGUGGAAUAGGUAAAACAACAAUAGCAAAAGCUCUCUAUAACGAAAUAUGCCAUGAAUUUGAAGGAAGCAGCUUUCUAUUCAAUAUUAAAGAAAUUUCAGAACAACCAAAUGGUUUGAUUCAUUUACAAGAACAACUUCUUUAUGAUAUCUUGAAAAAGAAGAUUUGGAAGAUUAGCAAUGUUGAUGGAGGAAUAAAUUUGAUUGAGAAAAGAUUUUGUCACAAAAGAGUUCUUGUUGUUCUUGAUGAUGUACAUCAUUUAAAACAACUUAAUUCAUUAGUUGGAAACUUUGAAUUGUUUGGCCAAGGAAGUAGAGUCAUUGUAACAACUAGAGAUGAACAUUUGCUAACUGAGCUAGGAGUAAAUAAAAAAUAUAAGGUUGAAGAAUUGAAUCUUGAGGAGUCCCUUCAACUUUUUAGUUGGCAUGCAUUCAGGAUGGCACAUCCAAUAGAAGAUUACCUAAAGCUUUCUAUUGGUGUAGUUGGUUAUGUUGGAGGACUUCCAUUAGCUAUUGAAGUUUUGGGUUCUUACCUAUCGGGAAGAAGUAUUAUUGAAUGGAAAAGUGCAUUGGAAAAAUUACAAAAAAUUCCUCACAAACAAAUUCAAAAAAUACUCAGAAUAAGUUUUGAUUCACUAGAGGAUGAUGCACUGAAGGACAUAUUCCUUGAUAUAGCAUGUUUUUUUAUCGGUACAAACAAAGAAUAUGUCACCAAAGUUCUCGAUGGUUGUGGUUUCUUUCCAAAUAUUGGUAUGAACAUUCUCAUUCAAAGGUCCCUCUUGAUAGUUAAUGGAAGAAAGGAGUUGAGGAUGCAUGAUUUGAUUCGAGAUAUGGGAAGGGAGAUUGUUCGCGAAAUGUCACCCAAAGAUCCAGGAAAACGUAGUAGAUUAUGGUUUCACAAGGAUGUCUUGGAUGUACUCAACAAACAUCUGGGAUCAGAAGCAAUAGAGGGUCUCAACCUAAAUCUACCUACACUUGAAGAUGUAGAGUUGAAAACUGAAGCAUUUGCAAAUAUGAAAAAUUUAAGAUUGCUCCAAAUUGAUGGUGCAUAUCUCACAGGAUGUUAUGAACACCUUUCCAAAGAGUUAAGAUGGCUUCACUGGCAUAAGUGCCCUCUGAAAUUUCUAGACGCAAAUUUUCAUUUAGAGAACCUUGUUAUCCUCGACAUGGAGCAUAGUAAUGUCAAACAAGUUUGGAAGGAGAUCAAAAUACUCAACAAGUUAAAAGUUCUUAAUCUCAAAGGUUCUGCAUGUCUCACUCAAUCACCAAACUUCUUAGGAGUCCCACAUUUGGAGAUGUUGAUACUUGAAUGUUGCACAAGCUUGGUUGAGGUACAUGAAUCCAUUGGGCAUUUGAAAAAGCUUGUUUUAUUGAAUUUACAAGGAUGCAAGAAGUUGAAGAAUCUUCCAGAAAGCAUUUCUAACUUAGAAUCUUUAGAGACUCUUAACUUAUCAAACUGUAUAAAAAUUGACAAGUUACCAAAACAGUUGGGGAAUAUGGUUGCAUUAACGGAGCUCCUUGCAGAUGGAACUACUAUUAAGCAACUCCCAUACUCCUUUGGUCUUUUGAAGAACCUCAAAAUUGUAUCAUUAUCUGGAUGUAAAGAGCAAUCCUCAAAAUCUUGGAUGUCAUGUUUCUUGUCAUGGAUAUCACUAAAAUGCUGGAAACCCAAAAAUUUGUUACCAACUUCUGUCUCUGGAUUAUGUUCUUUGACAAAACUUAAUCUCAAUGAUUGCAAUUUGUUUGAAGAUGGGAUUCCUAUUGAUCUUGGGAGUUUAUCUUCACUCGAAGAAUUGAAUUUAUCAAGAAACAAUUUCCGUAGCUUGCCUCAUUGCAUCGGUCGCCUUCCUAAAUUAGAUAUACUUCUGUUGAAUGAGUGUACAAGUCUCCAAUCAAUUUUAGAACUUCCUGCAAGUUUAAGCACCUUGUAUGCAAGUGGCUGCUCAUCAUUACAGAGACUCCCAAAUGUGCCAAACCAGGAAAGAUUAUUGGCAUAUUUUCACUUGGAAAGUUGCGACAGUCUAGCAUAUGAUUUCAAGAAGAAUCUUCUCCAGUACCUUUCCAAGUGUGGUGGGUAUCGUGGCAUUUUGCUCCCGGGUGGUGAGGUUCCAAAUUGGUUCAGCCACAAGACAAUUGGAUCUUCGAUAUCCUUUCAAAUACCUUCACUUCCAAAGGGUCAAAUCAAGGGGUUUUUUGUUUGUGCUGUUUAUGCACCCACAGCAGAAGAAACAACGCCCAUGUUCGUCAUACCCUCUAUUUACAUCAACAGCCGCACUUUUGGGAGACUCUCCCAUUUCAUUUAUGAAAUCCAUAAAGAUCAUUCCUGUCUAAGCUAUAUACCUGUUUCACUUCUUGAAGCUGAAAUAGCAAGUGGAAUGGAAUUAAAGAUAGACUGCGAGGUUAGGGGAGACUUUGAAGUGAAGAAGUGUGGGAUGCACCUACUAGUUGAUGAGCCAAAUGCAAUAGAUGAAUACAUCGAUUCUGAUACUUCUGGGGAUUGUAUGAUGGAUAUGGUGUCCGCCAAGAGAGGUCGUGAUGACAAUGAGGCCGGACCAAGCAAUGACUCGUCUGAUGAUGAAAAGUGCCCUAAAAGAUCAAGGAUCUUUGAUUCUGAAGCCUAAGAAAGAAAGGACUUGUUAAUGUGUUUAUUCAAAAUUGAAUUUUGCUUGUAUGUAUAACACUACUCUCCUACAUCUUAUAUUCAACCAGCUUUGUUCUAA